AUGGCCGUGAUUUCUGAAGCAAAAUUGCUAAAAAAAAUUUUACUCAAAGACGAAACUUUGGGAAGACCGCCAUUUUUGAUGUUACUGGAGAUGUUCGGCGACAAAGGAAUAGCGUACAGUCCAGUCAAUGUGUGGAAAGGACAACGCAAAUUUACUACGAACUUUUUAAAAUCAGCUGGGAUUACAAAAUUUUCACCAGCUAGGAAGGAAUUAGAAGAUCUCAUAACGAAUUAUGCGGAAGACUUCAUAGAUCAUAUAAACAGUCAAGGGAACAGAGUGAUUUUGGACCCUUCAGAAGCUCUGACACACUACGUCAGCAGCGUCACCGGUACUGUACUAUUGGGUAAAUCGUUUUCGCGUGAUGACGAAGUUCGCAAAAAUUUAAUCCACAAUCUUGACAUAGCAAUGCGUGAAGCUCAGCUUGGAGGACCUUUAAAUUUUCUACCAUUUUUACGGUUUUUGCCAAAAUAUAGAAAAUCGUUAACAGCUUUUAGGGAUACGAUAAACAAAAUUCGAAAAAGUUUGUCUGUGCACAUUAAUGAAUGCGAAAAGACAUUUUCUAACGACGACUCCGCUACAAAUUUUAUUGAAGCGUUUUUGUUGCAACGUUCUAAAGGAGGUCCGCCGGAAAUCUAUAGCGUGGACAACCUCGUGUACAACUUAUUUGAUGUUUUUACUGGCAGCACUGAAACUACAAUAAGUUCAUUGAAAUGGAUCAUUCUCUACUUAGCACAGCAUCAAGAUGUGCAAGAUAAAGUACGCCAAGAAUUUGUUGAAGUUUUACAAGGAGAAGUACUCGAAAUGAGUGACGUCCCGAAACUAUCGUACACACAAGCUGUACUUAGUGAAGUGUCCAGAAUAAGAACUCUGGUACCACUGGGAUUUCCUCACUAUGUUUCUGCGGAUAUCCACCACGAUAAUGUUAAAAUUCGCAAAGGUACAACGAUAAUGUCGUUAUUGUGGGCCAUUCAUAUGGACCCCAAAGUCUGGGACCGGCCUGAAGAAUUUCGCCCUGAGAGAUUUUUAGACGAAGAGAAAAAGUUUGCACCUUCUGAGUCGGUCCUUCCCUUUCAAUGCGGAAAAAGAAUGUGCGUUGGAGAUGAGUUUGCUAAAAUGAUGACAUGUAUAUUUGUUGCUGCUCUGGUCAAGAAUUUUAAAAUUAUACCGUGUGAAUCCAUUCCUAUUGAUUUUUCGGCGGUUUGUGGACUAACAUUAGUACCCAAACCACAGAAAAGUAACUUCGUGGUUCACUUGGAUGAAUUCGCUCACUCGCUGGACUCUUUUGGGGUCAUCCUGUAUAUGCAAAUCCAAAAAACAUGA